GAUCCCAGCUAUGUCGACCAAGACCCGAAUCUGAACUUUGAUCAAAGGCUCGAAAAAAGAACUCCGCCCCUUGGAAUUUACCUCUGCACACACAGUAACUGGACAGGCGAAUGUGGGUGGCAGGCUUUACAGAAUAACGUCUGCUUGGAUUUCCCUUGGGACGCGGCGAUUUCCAUGGGACCGGCCGCAGGGACCCAAUGUAAAAUAUACUAUGGGCGGAAGUGCGGCGGAGGCGAUAGGACUGACGGCACCUUGACUUACCCUGGCACAAACAAUCUUGCGAAGUUAUAUUCGAACAGCAAGAAACCAGAGAGUUAUAAAUGCAGGAAAUGCCCGGAUGGUCAACCC